CACUCCCGAGCUAGCUCCACCCUUUGCGCCUUCUCUCCUACCUCACACUUUUCUUGCAGAGCCCCCAUCCCAGCGGCCUUUGCGUGAACAAAAUGGCAGCCCCCGUGCCUCGGAGGUUGUCUUGCUUAUCCAAAGCUUUGGGAUGGUGGUCUCGGCAGUCACUCUUGAUGACUCAGUCUACAGCUGUAGUUCCAGUAAGAACUAAAAAACGUUUCACACCUCCUGCUUAUGAACCCAAAUACAAAACAGAAAAGGAGUUUAUAGAAUAUGCCCGGAAAGCAGGAUUGGUUAUUCCCCCAGAACGUUUGGAUCGGCCCAUACAUGUGGCCUGUACAGCUGGUAUCUUUGAUGCUUAUGUUCCUCCUGAGGGUGAUGCUCGAAUGUCAUCUCUUUCAAAGGAAGGACUGAAACAGAGAACUGAGCGAUUGAAGAAAAAUGCAGCAUCACAAUUGUCAAUCCGGAAGAUAAAAGAAUUUGAUGCUAAUUUUAAAACAAAGGACUUCCCUGAAAAAGCUAAGGAUAUUUUCAUAGAAGCACACCUUUGUCUAAACAACUCAGACCAUGACCGGCUUCAUACUUUGGUAACUGAACACUGUUUUCCGGAUAUGGUCUGGGACAUCAAGUAUAAGACUGUCCGCUGGGGCUUCGUGGAAUCUUUAGAGCCGGCCCAGGUGGUGCAGGUUCGCUGCUCGAGUAUGGUGAACCAGAGCAACAUGUAUGGCCAGGUUACUGUCCGCAUGCACACACGGCAGACUCUAGCCAUCUAUGAUCGGUUUGGGCGGUUGAUGUAUGGACAAGAAGAUGUACCCAAGGAUGUCUUGGAGUAUAUUGUGUUUGAAAAACACCUGCUGAACCCCUACGGGAGUUGGAGAAUGCAUGGCAAGAUUGUUCCCCCAUGGGCACCCCCAAAGCAGCCCAUCCUUAAGACGGUGAUGAUUCCUGGCCCCCAGCUGGAAUCUUGGGAAAAAUGUGAAGAGGCACAAAGAGAGAACCAUAAGUCUCAGCUAUAGCCUGACGACAAAAAUGACUCUUGGGGUAAAGCACUGGUGAUGAUGAUUCUGGACGUUGUGAAGUCAUCCAUCUCUUUCAGACCACUCCUGUUUCCUCCUGCCCUGCUUGGAUCUUUUGAGCAGAUUCAUCCUUACAACCAUGUCUGAUGGCUGGGCCCAGGUCGUUGGCUAGUAUGCAUAGACAUGGACCUUUUUUCUUUUUAAAAUCAUAUGUCUAGCUUCUGAGUCUAGAUGAAAGACAAUAUGUUUCACUGAACAAACAUCUGUACUUUUUUUCACAGCAGAGACUGUGGGAGCUAAUAAGCAACAUUCUUUUGUAAUCACUAGGCAGAGAUCAGAGUUUGAAAUAAAAUACUACUAGAGUGUUGGACAAAUUUUGGUGUUGUGCCUUGUGUGGUGACACUCACCUGUAAACCCAGUGACUUGGGAGGCAAGAAGAUUGUAAGUUUGAGGCCAGCCUAGGCAACUUAACAAGAUCCUGUUUCAUAACAAAAAAAGAAAAAGACUAGAGAUGUAGCUCAAUGGUUAGAUCACCCCUGGUUUCAUUUUUUCUUUCUUUUUUUUUUUUUUUUUUUUUUUUUGUGGGUUCUCUAUAUUUUCCCCAGUUGAGAUUCAACUGGGGGAAUAGGCCAACCUUCAAGUGGAGAAGUGGAAGAUAAGCCUAGUUGUGAGUGGUCUGACUUCUAGGAAAUCCAGACUUGGGAGAAUAAUUAGUGUUCAUAAAAUUGGGUAUCACUUAAGAGGGUCUUUUUCUCAUAGAGUGACUUACUGAAUUAGCAUUUAUACUUUGUAGAAGAAUAUAAAUAAAAAGAAAUAAUUUAUUCAUUA